AUGAGUGAAGAUGUCGAUUAUGCUCUUGAACAUCAACACGCACUCUCUAUAUGCACACAUAGACUACACACUCCUGUUUGUGAACAUAACCUGAAUGAACUGGUUCUUGAGUAUCUGGACAAUGAAGGAAUGGGGGAUGUUGCUGUUGAGUUUGCAAACGACCUAGGUAUUUCAUUUACCAAAUCACUCUAUCUAUCACAACGAACAGAGAUAAGGAACAAAAUUGAAUCUGGAGAUAUUGAUGCUGCGAUUUCAAGAAUAAAUGAUAUAAAUCCAGAAAUAAUAGACAGGAACACCAAGAUGUAUUACUUUUUGAUGGAGCACAAGGCAUGCGAACUUUCGAUGCAGAUUAAGAGCAAAUGUCUAGAAAAUGGUAUUAAUGACACUGCGCCUCUCCUUGAGGAGGUUAUUGAAUUCAUCCGUUCUGAGCUUUAUGAUAUGGCUCUUGGCGAUCCGCUUCUGAUGACACAUCUAGAAGAUCUGCUUGAGUUUGUAAUUUUCAAUGAUCAAGAGAGUGCAAUAGUAAGUAAAAGGAGGAAUCUAGCUACAUAUGUAAAUCAACAGAUCCUUGAAAGUCACGGAAGUGAGGAGAACAAGCUGAUCAAAAUGCUUAGUGUGAUAGUUUCUGCAGAAAAGUCCCUGAAAGAAACACACAAGUUCCCGACCUUUGCUCAAUACUUCACAUAG